AUGCAAAUCACUGAUGCUUCUAAAUUCUUCAGAGAGGUCAAUGAGAUGGAGCAAUCCCUUGACAUGCCAAUGCAACAAAUUCAACCAAGUUACAUUUCUUCAUCAAAAUUCGUUCCAGGAAUCACAACUCAAGCAAAUAUUGGAUGUUUACAAGAUGAUGCCAAUUUAUCUUUGGAACCAAAUAUAUCUCUAGUUGUCACCAAAGAAUACAAGUCCGAACUCCCAAUCAUCAGCCUUGUUAGGCCAUGUCUUGAUAACUCAUACUGGAUAUGUUCUACAAAUGAAAGUCAACUACAAAAAGUAAAACCUAAUGGUGGCAAACUGAACAAAAUGUCACAAUAUGAGAUACAGGUAUAUGGCAUAGCAGCACUUUCACCAAAUUAUGUUCUGUUAGUGACAGAUGAACCAAGUCCAAAGCAACUCUCUUUAUUCACUGGUAAACUGACAGAAACUGUAUAUAAUGUUGCCCCUUUAGCUUCGAUUACCAUCCACAUUACCAGCGGUAAUAAAGUAGUUGUAGGAGGUUACUGUAGCAAUCUAGGGAGAAGUGCCGUUUUUGUAAUGCAGAAACAGGGAGAACAUGAGACGGUAUAUGAACAUGAUCAACACAAUAAACCUAUAUUCACCUACCCAAGCAGUAUAACCAGUACAAGAAAUGGAACUAUACAUGUGGUAGAUUGUGAUCCAGAUCUUAUAAGUGGAAGAGUAGUAGUCUUAGAACAAGGAGGUGGUGUAAUUAAUGAAUAUAAUGGGCAUCCAGAUAUCAAUAAGGAUCAACCAUUCACACCAACUGACAUAGUGGCAACUCCUAAAGACAAUGUGGUUGUAAUAGGUAUUCAUGAUUACUGUUUACACAUUCUGAACAACCAAGGGUAUCCAUUAACAUACUACAACACUAACAAUAUUGGAAUAUCCUAUCCAUGCUGUAUUGCCGUCAAUACGUCAGGACAACUGUGUAUUGGUAGUAUUAGGGCUGAAGGAAGUAUCACUAUUGAAGCCAUGUUGUAUGAAGUGAACAUUUCUGGAUUUUAA